UGCAGUCCGGUCCGCCCUGCAGGCGUGGCCUGUCCACGGACCUUUCCCCUGCUCCUGGCAUGUGCAUGUACCAUAGUUACUGCACUCCCUGCUCUGCAGUCCGGUCCUAUCUGCUGUAUGUCCGCAGUCUCUGAUCAUCCCUUGUACUAUGUCCGCAGUCUCUGCACAUCUCCUGUACUAUGUCCGCAGCCUCUGGUCAUCUCCUGUACUAUGUCCGCAGCCUCUGGUCAUCCCCUGUACUGUGUUCGCAGUCUCUGGUCAUCUCCUGUACUGUGUCUGCAGUCUCUGGUCAUCCUCUGUACUGUGUCCGCAGUCUCUGGUCAUCCCCUGUACUGUGUCCGCAGUCUCUGGUCAUCUCCUGUACUGUGUCCGCAGUCUCUGGUCAUUUCCUGUACUGUGUUCGCAGUCUCUGGUCAUCCCCUGUACUGCGUCCGCAGUCUCUGGUCAUCCCCUGUACUGUGUCCGCAGUCUCUGGUCAUCUCCUGUACUAUGCCCGCAGUCUCUGGUCAUCUCCUGUACUAUGUCCGCAGCCUCUGGUCAUCUCCUGUACUGUGUCUGCAGUCUCUGGUCAUCUCCUGUACUGUGUCUGCAGUCUCUGGUAAUUUCCUGUACUAUGUCUGCAGUCCAUUGGUUCAGAAUAUUUUUUUUUCUUGUUUUUCUCCUCUAAAAUCUAGAACCGUCUUAUGGUCA